AUGCGGGGCGGAGCGGCGGGGCGGUGUCGGCGGGCGGGCGGCGUGAAACAGCGGCGGGGGCGGGGCGGCGGCUCGGCGGGCUGCGGGCGAGCUGCGGGCGGGCGGGCGGCGACACGCGUGGAAACAGCGGCGGGCGCGGGCGGCGGUCGGCGGGCUGCGGGACGAAGCUGCGGGGCGGGCGGGCGGCGACACGGCGUGGAAACAGCGGCGGGCGGCGGGGCGGCGGUCGGCGGGCGGCGGUCGGCGGGCUGCGGGGCGAAGCUGCGGGGCGGGCGGGCGGCGACACGGCGUGGAAACAGCCGGCGGGCGGCGGGGCGGCGGUCGGCGGGCUGCGGGCGGCGUGCGACGGGGCGGCGGCGGGGUGUGGAGGCGGCAGGGCGACGGCGGACGGGCGGGGGGAUGAGUAGCAAGGGUGAUCCAAAUCCAAGCAAGUCCCAUGGCGGACCCAGCAAGUCACCAAUGUCCCACACUGAAAAGGGCGAUAAGACGGCCACGCCUCGGAGGCUUCCUAUCACGAGGCCACGUGAGCUUGGCAAGAGAGGGCAGACCAUACAGCUACUCACGAACCACUUCAAAGUCUCUGGGAAUCCAACACAUGACUUCUUUUACCACUACAAUGUGGAUCUCAAGUAUGAAGACGAUCAUCCGGUAAUCGGGCAAGGAGUAUGCAGAAAGGUGAUGAAGCAGCUGCACGAGACCUAUGCCUCUUUGCUUGAUGGCAAGCAAUUCGCCUACGAUGGCGACAAAAGCCUCUUCACCUCUGGGCCUCUCCCAUUUGCCACCAAUGAUUUUGACGUUGUCAUAGAUGGCGAUGCUUCGUCCAGAAAGAUUGCAACGAGCCAGAGCCCGGGAGCAGAUGGCAGUCCAGGACCAAGCGACAAGAAAAGAAUGAAACAGGCAGGACAGAGCAAAAGGUUCAAGGUGGAUAUUACCUUCACAGCAAAGGUUCCGAUCAGUGCCAUUGCCCUCGUCCUUGGUGGCGGUCAGGAUUCUGAGAACUCGCAGGAGGUUCUUCGGGUUCUUGACAUCAUUCUGAGGCAGCACGCUGCAAGACAGAAUCGCCUCUUAGUCCGACAGUCUUUUUUCCGUAGAGAUUCCGAUUGCAUCAAGUUGGGUGGCGGUGUUCUAGGUUGUCAGGGUUUUCAUUCUAGCAUUCGACCCACUCAAAGUGGGCUUUUACUCAAUUGUGAUUUGUCCACCACUAUGGUAGUGGAACCUGGGCCUGUGAUUGCAUUUCUGCUCUCCAACCAGGGUGUCAAGGACACUUCUAGCAUUGACUGGGGCAAAGCUAAACGGGCACUGAAUAAAUUAAGGAUUGAAACCACUCACACGAAGGCGGAAUUUAGGAUUGUCGGAUUGUCCGAAAACAGUUGCUAUAACCAGACGUUCCCACUAAAGCAAAAAGAUGGCAACGGUACUGUGGAUGUAACUGUCUAUGAUUACUUCAUGGACCGUUGGUCGAUGAAGCUGGAGAAGUCUGCUCAUAUGCCAUGUCUAAAUGUGGGGAAGCCAAACCGCCCAACAUACCUCCCGCUGGAGGUUUGCCGUCUAGUGCCAUUGCAAAGGUAUAAAAGGUCUUUGUCCACGUCGCAAAGGUCAAAGCUGGUGGAGGCAUCCAGGCAGAGGCCGGAUCAGAGGAUGUCGAAGUUGUAUGGUGAGUUGCGUGCCAAUGAUUAUGAUUCCGAGCCAAUGAUGAAGGAAUGCGGCAUAUCAAUAGUUCCAGACUUUACCCAGGUUCAGGGUAGAGUCCUUGAGGCACCACAGUUAAGCGCUGCAGAUGGUAGACAACUAUAUACACCUAAUGGGAGGUGGAAUUUCAAUAAAAAUAGGUUUUUUCGGCCGAUUGAGUUUAAGAAGACCUGGCCAUGGGGAGUUGUUAAUUUUUCUACACGACGUGAUGUUGAACAUCUUGUCGAGCACCUUCUCCAAUCCGGUAGCGAGAAGGGAAUCAGUAUGGAGAAAUAUAGCGCUGUAAUUCAGGAGAUUCAUAAAAUGAAACAUCAAUCUCCGGCAAAAAGGGUGGAGGAUAUGUUUCGGCAGGUAAAUAUAGCAUUCGGAGGAAAUAAUCCAGAGUUUCUCCUGUGUUUUCUUCCUGAGAAGAACUCUGACAUAUAUGGACCAUGGAAGCGUGAAUGCCUUGCACAACGUGGCAUUGUUACACAAUGCUUGGUUCCUCCUCCCAACGUCAAAGAUCAGUACCUCACAAAUGUGCUGCUAAAGAUAAAUGCCAAGCUUGGCGGGUUAAAUUCAUUGCUGAAAAAGGAAAUAACCCAUGCUAUUCCUCACGUGUCGAGGAUUCCAACCAUCAUCUUUGGUAUGGAUGUUUCCCAUGGUUCACCAGGACGUGACGUGCCAUCGGUUGCUGCAGUUGUUAGUUCAUUGGAGUGGCCAAUCAUCUCAAAAUACAGAGCUUCUGUGUGCACUCUGCCACCCAGGCAGGAAAUGAUCAAAACCUUGUUUAAGCAAGAUGGAGAUACUGAUCAUGGCCUCAUUAAGGAUUCACUAGUUGCCUUCCUCGGAAAAAACAAUAAACCGAAGCCGGAACAAAUUAUCAUUUUCAGGGAUGGGGUUAGUGAGAGCCAGUUCGAUCAGGUGUUGAAUGAUGAGCUAGGCCAGAUCAUGGAGGCAUGCAAGUUUUUUGGCGACAAGCAUUUUGGUGGCAACUGGUUCCCCAAGUUCACAGUGAUAGUUGCACAGAAGAAUCAUCACACAAGAUUUUUCUUGCGGAAUGGAGUGAAUAAUGUCCCCCCUGGUACUGUGGUUGAUGGAGUAAUCUGCCAUCCCAGGAACUAUGAUUUCUACAUGUGUGCUCAUGCUGGCAUUAUCGGGACUACAAGGCCAACACACUACCAUGUGCUCCAUGAUGAGAUAGGCUUCUCUACUGACGAUCUGCAGGAGCUCGUGCACUCCCUGUCCUACACGUAUCAGAGGAGCACCACAGCCAUCUGAGUAGGUAAGUAAGCAUGAUUUGCCAUUACUUGAUUGAUCUCGCAACAACUUAUCAGUCAAAACGGCAUGCAUGGCUGAUCGAGUAAA